AAGAACAACCGGAGCCGCAAAACAGCAUCUAGGCAGGGAUUAUUCCUCGCCCGCUCGUCUCUUCCUUUUCGCACUCUUGGGUUUCAUCGUCUUUUAUUGUUAAUAAAAACUCUAUAAUCCAAUCUUUUUCCUAUAAAUUAAGAUCGAGGAGAUAACAAGAAAAGGAAAAAAAAAAAAAUAAAGGAAAAAAGAAAAAGAAAAAUGAGAGGGGAAUUAGGGGCGACGAGGGGAGAGGAGGAGGAGGAGUGGGAGCUGCUCCUCCCGUCGGAGCCGCGGGAGCGCGCCACGUGUGCGGCGUGGAUUCGCCGGCGGGACAGCCGCGUCCUCGUGGUGAUGGGCAGGGCCUCUUCUUCUUCUUCUUCUUCUUCCCCUCCCUCGCUCGACAUCUUCUCCUUCGACCCCAAAACCACCUCCCUUUCCCCCGAACCCUUGGUGAGGUUUCCGAUUCCGGGAGAGGGCGCCGAUCCCCUGCAGUUCGCGGUGCACCCGAGCGGCGACGAGUUCGUCUGCGCCACCAAGAACGGUUGCAAAUUAUUUAAAUUGGUUUAUCAGGAAUUUGGCGUACGUAUCCUUUCUAGGGAAACUCCACCUCUUGAAUCUGUGGGUCUCCAGAAGUGCCUGGCUUUUAGCACAGAUGGUACUAAAUUUGCCAUGGGGGGUGAGGACGGGCAUCUCAGAAUAUUACACUGGCCAAGCAUGAAUGUUUGUUUGGAUGAACCUAGAGCUCAUAAAUCAUUUCGGGAUAUGGAUAUCAGCUUAGACUCAGAGUUUUUGGUGUCGACAUCCACUGAUGGUUCUGCAAGAAUAUGGAAGAUAAAUGAUGGUGCCCCACUGACUAAUUUGACUCGAAAUUCGAAUGAGAAGAUUGAAUGUUGUCGGUUUUCUCGGGAUGGAACUAAACCUUUCCUGUUUUGCACUAUUGAGAAAAAUGGUAAAGUCGUAACUGCUGUUUGGGAUAUCAGUACGUGGAAUAGAAUUGGAUACAAAAGACUACUUGGAAAGCCUGUUUCUGUUCUAUCGAUUAGCUUAGAUGGAAAGUACCUAGCAUUAGGGAGCAACGAUGGUGACUUUUGUGUAGCUGAAGUAAAGAAGAUGGAGAUAUCCCACUGGAGCAAGAAGAUUCAUCUUGGCACACGAAUUUCUUCUAUCGAGUUUUGUCCUACAGAAAGAGUUGUGAUUUCCACUUCGUCGCAAUGGGGACCCAUGGUCACAAAACUCAACGUACCUGGCGAUUGGAAGGAGUGGCAAAUCUACCUAGUACUCCUGUCGCUAUUUCUGGCCUCGGCUAUUCUAUGCUAUAUAUUCUACGAGAACUCCGAUUCAUUCUGGAACUUCCCGCUCGGAAGGCACCAACCUGCAAAACCUUGGAACACCUUCAAGCCGAUCGAUCCUUCGCAGAUUCCAGAUGAUCAGGAUUGGUGACUAUCUAGAAUUACUUAACUUAUCCUUCCACUCGGACAAUACUUUUCUUCUUUUGGUUUCUUGAACUCGACUACGGGCUACGCAACGAUAAUGCUUCCACCAUGGGAUUUUUUUAUUUUUUUUGGACUUGUUGAAUUUACACUGAUCUUAUCGCGUCUUUUUGGUGCUUCUUAUGUCGAUAAUCCGAUGAUAAAAGGCGGGUUUAUUUGUGGUAACACUGGUAAUGUAUUAUUAAAUAGAUUUAAAGGAUGGUUGUGUCUCCUAAUGAUUUCUAGCUCUGUAUUUCUUUUUAAAAUAAUUCGAAUAAGAAUAAUUUGGAUUGAUCAGAAA